UGGUUUUGGGGUUUUGGAGCGUUGCGGAUUGCCACGGCGCACGCCACCGGUGGCGCACGCUUUACAGGUGGCUCCCCCGCCGUCUCCCCCGCGUGCCCUCCUCGCCGUCGUCGCUCGCUGCCCAUUUCAUCCCCCGCACGGCACGCGCGGGACGAAAGCAAAGCACGCGCACACACUCAAACCCGCGCCUCCUCCGCUCUCGUCCGUCGCUUCGGUUCGGUUCCGGCUCGAUCGGGGAGGUUCCUCGGGGCGACCAUGUCGUCGGCCGUCGUCGCGUCAUCCACCACGUUCCUCGUCGCGCUCGCCUCUUCGGCGUCACGGGGAGGGCCCAGGAGGGGGAGGGUGGUGGGCGUGGCCGCGCCGCCGGCCCUGCUUUACGACGGCCGCGCCGGAAGGCUAGCCCUACGGGCGCCGCCUCCGCCCCGGCCUCGGCCUCGGCGUCGGGAUGCGGGCGUGGUGCGCCGCGCGGAUGAUGGGGAGAACGAGGCGGCGGUGGAGCGGGCGGGUGAGGACGACGACGAGGAGGAGGAGUUCUCUUCGGGCGCGUGGCAGCCGCCCCGCUCGCGUCGCGGCGGCGUCGGCAAGGUCUUGAAGCGGAGGGGCACCGUCCCGCCCGUCGGCCGGUACGGCUCCGGCGGUGAUGCGGCGAGAGUGCGCGGGGCGGCCGCGCCGGCGCCGGCGCCGACACAGGACGCCGCCUCAAGUAAGAACGGAGCGCUUCUCAGCGGCCGCGACGACGACACACCUGCCUCACGGAACGGAUCGGUCGUUACCGGCGCCGACAAGCCUGCCGCCGCCACGCCGCCGGUGACCAUAACGAAGCUCCCAGCGCCGGACUCCCCCGUGAUCCUUCCAUCCGUAGACAAGCCGCAGCCGGAGUUCGUCAUCCCAGACGCGACGGCGCCGGCGCCGCCACCGCCCGGUUCAAAUCCCAGGUCGUCCGCUCCUCUCCCCAAGCCUGACAAUUCGGAAUUUGCAGAGGAUAAGAGCGCAAAAGUUGUUGAGAGUGCUCCGAAGCCAAAGGCGACUAGAUCUUCCCCUAUUCCUGCGGUAGAAGAGGAGACGUGGGAUUUCAAGAAAUAUUUUGAUCUGAACGAACCGGACGCCGCGGAGGAUGGCGAUGACGAUGAUGACUGGGCUGAUUCAGAUGCGUCAGAUUCUGAGAUCGACCAGGAUGACGAUUCGGGCCCUUUGGCUGGGGAGAAUGUCAUGAACGUGAUCGUGGUGGCUGCUGAAUGUUCUCCCUGGUGCAAAACAGGUGGGCUUGGAGAUGUUGCAGGUGCUUUACCCAAAGCUUUGGCGAGGAGAGGACAUCGUGUUAUGGUUGUGGUACCAAGGUACGGUGAUUACGCGGAAGCCCAGGAUGUAGGAAUCAGGAAAUACUACAAGGCUGCUGGACAGGAUCUGGAAGUGAAAUAUUUCCAUGCAUUUAUCGAUGGAGUUGAUUUUGUGUUCAUUGACGCUCCUCUCUUCCGUCACCGUCAGGAUGACAUCUAUGGGGGGAACAGACAGGAAAUCAUGAAGCGCAUGAUUCUGUUUUGUAAGGCUGCUGUUGAGGUUCCUUGGCACGUUCCAUGCGGUGGUGUGCCCUAUGGGGAUGGCAACUUGGUGUUCCUUGCAAACGAUUGGCACACUGCACUCCUGCCUGUUUAUCUGAAGGCAUAUUACAGAGACAAUGGCAUGAUGCAGUACACUCGCUCUGUCCUUGUGAUACAUAAUAUCGCUUACCAGGGCCGUGGCCCAGUAGAUGAAUUCCCCUACAUGGAAUUGCCGGAGCACUACCUGGAUCACUUCAAGCUGUACGACCCCGUCGGCGGCGAGCACGCCAACAUCUUCGGCGCGGGCCUGAAGAUGGCGGACCGGGUGGUGACCGUGAGCCCCGGCUACCUCUGGGAGCUGAAGACGACGGAGGGCGGCUGGGGCCUCCACGACAUCAUACGGGAGAACGACUGGAAGAUGAACGGCAUCGUGAACGGCAUCGACUACCGGGAGUGGAACCCGGAGGUGGACGUGCACCUGCAGUCCGACGGCUACGCCAACUACACCGUGGCCUCGCUGGACUCCAGCAAGCCGCGGUGCAAGGCGGCGCUGCAGCGCGAGCUGGGGCUGGAGGUGCGCGACGACGUGCCGCUGAUCGGGUUCAUCGGGCGGCUCGACGGGCAGAAAGGUGUGGACAUCAUCGGCGACGCGAUGCCGUGGAUCGCCGGGCAGGACGUGCAGCUGGUGCUGCUGGGCUCCGGCCGCCGCGACCUGGAGGUGAUGCUGCAGCGGUUCGAGGCGCAGCACAACAGCAAGGUGCGCGGGUGGGUGGGGUUCUCGGUGAAGAUGGCGCACCGGAUCACGGCGGGCGCCGACGUGCUGGUCAUGCCGUCGCGGUUCGAGCCGUGCGGCCUCAACCAGCUCUACGCCAUGGCGUACGGCACCGUCCCCGUCGUGCACGCCGUCGGCGGGCUGAGGGACACCAUGUCGGCGUUCGACCCGUUCGAGGACACCGGCCUCGGGUGGACGUUCGACCGCGCCGAGCCGCACAAGCUCAUCGAGGCGCUCGGCCACUGCCUCGAGACGUACCGCAAGUACAAGGAGAGCUGGAGGGGGCUCCAGGUGCGCGGCAUGUCGCAGGACCUCAGCUGGGACCACGCCGCCGAGCUCUACGAGGAGGUCCUUGUCAAGGCCAAGUACCAAUGGUGAAGAGACCAUGUCCGCCCGCGGUCUCCGCCUGCGCGUUCGGCAGCUAUAGCUAUAGCCUCCCUGAAGAAGCUUGGCGCUGCUGUGGAGGUGCGACUCGGUGGCGGUGUGGCGCCGGCGCCGGCGCUUGCAGGGGAGGUGUUUGUGCUGACCGAGCUGUGCGUUGAGGUGCGCAAAUUAGCUUCCGGUUUGUGUGUUCAUGGCGAGGCAUGGUGGAGUUGAGGGAGUAUUAAGCUUUGUUUCAGAUGCAUCAUGCAUGCGUAAUAGGAUGUUGUAUUUAAUAAUGUGUUUGUUAUGUCCAUUGAUGCGAUGUUACUUCUUCAUUAGCUCUCGUGUCUGAAUGGAUGUGACUUGUGAGCAA